AUCAAGUAACGAGAACCUAAACGAAAUUAAAACACAAACUGCUCAAAAUGUUGAAGCUUCCCCUGCUCCCGGGCACCGCUGUGGCGGUGGUCCUGCUGCUGGCAUCCGCCAGCGCCUACAAAGUACCCUCCUUGUGCCGCCAGAGCGGCUACUUUGCCCUUGUGGAUAACACGCCCGAGUUCUAUGCCUGUCGUGCCAUUCCUGCUGGAGGCUACUCCCUGCAGCUGCUGCGCUGUUCGGCCGGCGCCGUCUUCAGCUCCAAGGCUGGCCAAUGCAUGGAAGUGUCGGACUUGUCGCUGCUGGCACGAGACGGUGGCAACAUUGAGAAUCCAACGAUUCCGCCCAGCAAUUUGGAUGAUAGCACCAGCACCUCGGCAAAGCCGGCUGACAGAACCACCGAAGCGCCGAUCCCAACCAAGGAAGCCGCGGGAGAGACCUCGGAGGAACCGGCUGUGGAAACCACUGAAUCGACGAUCACCACCGAUGGGGUCUCCACGGAUACCACGGAGAAGCCGGCUGAUGUGACCACUGAUGCCCCAAUUAGUACCGAUGCACCCUCCUCAACCGAUGCACCUUCCUCAACCGAUGCACCCUCCUCAACCGAUGCACCCUCCUCAACCGAUGCACCCUCUAGCGAUGGUUCUUCCACUGCUGACCCAUCCACCGACGAACCCUCUUCGGAUACCUCAGAGAAUCCGGCUGAUGUGACCACUGAUUCGAAUAUCAGUACCGAUGAAACCCCCUCUACCGAUGAACCCUCUUCAGAUGUCACGAACUCCACCGAUGAUGAUGAUGAUGGCACUGGCACUGCCUCCACCGACGACGGCACAUCCGCCACCGAGGUGCUCGAUUGUCCCUCCGCAGGCUUCUUCCCCAAGGAUCAGAGCUGCAACGAGUUCGUCAUUUGCUACGACGAUGGCAAGGAUCUGCACUCGGUCGUCUACAAGUGUCCCGGCGAUAUGCAGUUCGAUCCUUUGGUUUCCUACUGUUCCAACGAUUACGACUGCACAGCCUAGAAGAAGAGAGAGAGAGAGUCGCAGAGAGUCGCUCAUAGGGCCAGAGCAAGAGCUAGUGGAAGAGAGAGAGAGAGAGAGAGAACAGAAGCAAUAAAACUAUCCUCGAUGCUCGUUUGUAAACCCCAAACUGUACUCCAUUUUUUUUUUGUUACAUUUUUUUUUUCUGUUGAGUGAAUAAAUUGUAUAAUAAUUAA